AUUCUUUUCUUAGCAACUCUCGGAUGAAUGUUCAGUUUAUUAUAAUCUAUUGUAAAUGUAAUUUGUUAAAGUUGCCGAGCGCAUAUUUAAAAUCUAAACGUACACAUCAGCAAGUUCUCAAAAAUAAGUUUCACAACGUUAACAUACAUAUGCACAAAAAUAUUUUGUAAAUAAAGUUAAGUUACAAGGCAAAGAUGCGGCUGCAAUUUGCUUUGGUUUUAUUGCUUUCAGCCGGCGCCACGCUGUCGAAUUCCAGCAAUUCGAGCUCAUCAAUAGCACAGCUAGAACAUAGUCUCAUCGAUAGGCCCGAAUGCAAGGAAUUACAGUCACUUUGUGCACACCUCAAACAAACCGAUAAUGUAUCGGUAUUGGAGUGUGUUAGCACAUUCUCGUCCAGUCAAUUGGAGGCUGUGCCUGAUAAAUGUCAACAUGCUUUAUGGGUGCAACAACGUACAAUGCAGACGGAAAAGUGGAUAACCGAUCAGCUAAUACCACAACAUUGUGGUGCACAGAAACAACAACUAACAUCUUGUGGGAAUGCCGUGAGCUUAUGGAGCUGUAUACACGAACGUGCAAUGCGUAUGGAGCACAGCAGCGAAUGCCGUGCAUAUAUAUUGCGUUCCAUUGCGACACUGUUUCCAGAUUUUGAUCAAUUGGGUGCGUUUUUGAAUGGCUGUGGUUCGCAAAUAGAACAAUUAGAAUGUGGCCGCUUAAAUUUGGAACGCAGAAGUAUGUCACAAAUUGAAACUGUGCAGUGCUUACAGGAGACAGCUGCUGAUGCACUUGAUGUAAAAUGUAAAGACGAAUUAAAUACAAUGGAGCAGCAACGAAAAGAUUUGGAAUUUUUCGAAGCUUGUGGCGAUGACUGGAGACGCCUAUGCGGACAGGAAACUGCUGGUACAGCAGCUGCAUUUAAAUGUCUGGUUAAGAAUAAAGCGGAUCCCACAAUGACACGUCGCUGUAACGAAAAAAUUGCACAACGCGAUCGCGAAAUCGGAAAAGAUUAUCGGCUUUCUCACGGGCUCGCUAAAGCUUGCAAGGACGAUAUCAAACAAUAUCACUGCCGUCGUGGUGUAUCCGAAGACAAACAAGUACGUUUAGCACAAAUCUUACUUUGUCUUGAAUCGGUUGUAAAGAACGGUUCGAUGGUAACUACGGAGUGCCAAGCGGAAAUAAAUGAUCAUCGUCGUAUGCUGAUGCACGAUUUCAAAUUAUCGCCAGAAAUUCUAAGCGAUUGCGCCGAUGAUAUACCAAAGUUUUGUGGUGAUAUUGAAAAGGGGCAAGUUGUCAGAGGUGGUACCGUCGGAAACACUGAUAACGGUCAAGUAAUUCACUGCCUCAUGGAACAUGCACGCGCAAAACGUAGAAAGGAUCGUCGCGUUACUGCGCAAUGUCAGCGUUCACUGGAAAAGCUAAUAAAAGCAGCUGACGUAGGAGAGGAUUGGCGUGUGGAUCCAGUUCUACGACGUGCUUGUAAACCGGUCGUCGAUGUGGCAUGCCGCGACACAGACGCUGGCGAAGCGCGCGUAAUGUCGUGCCUUAUGGAACGCAUUGGCACGCCAGUAAUGCGGCCGGACUGCGAACAAGCACUUAUGCUGAUACAGUAUUUUGUAGCUCGUGAUUUCAAAUUAGAUCCGCAAUUAUACAAACAUUGUCACGACGACGCCAUAAAAUAUUGCCGAGCCAAACACGUAUGGGAUGACGUUAACGACGUGCAAAUGGAUCCAGAACGUGGACCACUCAUUUUACCUUGCUUACAUCGUAUUGCAUACAGUGAUGAUGAAAAUUUAUCACUUCGUAAGGACUGCUUCAAAGAGGUGAAACGCGUAAUGCGUCAGCGGGCCGUGUCUGUGGAUCUUAUACCCGAGGUUGAAGACGAAUGCAUUGAAGAUUUGUCCAUAUAUUGCUUUGACCGCACACAGAAGGGCGCCGAAAUGGAUUGCUUGCAAACAAAUCUUGAGAAACUAGCACCAACAUGCAAAAAAGCGGUUGCCACCUACACCGAAGAAGAGGCCGAACAUAUCGAAUUGAAUCCGGUUAUUAUGUCCGUGUGCAUAAAUGCAAUGCAAACACAUUGCGAGCACAUACUGAAGGGCGAAAAGGACAAAGGUGAUAUGAUGGAUUGCUUGAUUGCGCAUAAAAACGACGCUGAUCUACGUCAGGAUCUUAAAUGUCGCGCCGCCAUCGAACAUUUUCAAAUCAUCUCGCUGAAAAAUUAUCAUUUCACAUAUAAAUUUAAAACUGCUUGCCGUCCACACGUAACACGCUUCUGCGCGUCAAGCACCACGAAAAACGAUGUUGUCGCCUGCCUGAGCGAAGUCAUGCGUAAUGACACGAUACGCGGCCAACGUCAUUCCAUACCCAAAGAAUGCCGCCAACAAGUCAAAGCGCAACUCUACCAACAACGCGAGUCCAUACUGCUAGACCCGAAGUUAGCGAAUGCAUGCAAGAAGGAGUUAGAAACCUUCUGCAUUGGCGAGAAGGGACCUGGUCAGGUGAAUAACAAUGCUUUGGAGUGCUUGCAACAAAAUACGCAGCGUCUUGGCAGUUCCUGCCAUCACGCCAUUUUCUUGGUGAAACGAUCGCAGCUCGCCGAUAGUGGCACCGACUUCACAUUGAUCAACACCUGCAAAGAAAUGACUUACAGAUUUUGUAACAAUGUUGAAUCUGAUCAAUUGCUGGACUGCCUCAAGACCUACAAAGAUGAUCCGCUCUUCGAUCAACGCUGUCAUUUGGUCGUGGUAAAUCGAAUGAUUGAACAAAAUACCGACUAUCGUUUCAAUCCGUCCCUGCAGCUGGCUUGUGGCAAGAAUAUCGACCGUUAUUGCUCGCAUAUUGUGGCCACGGCACAACCAAAUGAAGAAUUGAACGGCUUGGUUGUGCAAUGCUUGAAAGACAAGUUCCGCGAAUCGCGUUUGGACUACAACUGCACGCAAGAAAUGAUUAAAGUGCUGCAAGAGCAAGCAUUGAACUAUCAACUCAAUCCACUGCUACAAAAUUUCUGCAAAUCUGAAAUAGAAGUAUUGUGCAAAGCUAAUCUACAAAACCGUGAACAUGGCAUGGUCGAGGAAUGUUUGAAAACAGCAUUUCUUAAUCACAAGAUUAUAAAUCGCGAUUGCCGUGUUGAGGUGGCAACCUUAAUAGCGGAAGCGAAGGCGGAUAUACAUGUAGACCCCAUACUGCAAGAGGCAUGCACCGUGGAUCUGUUGAGAUACUGUUCAAACGUGCCAAGUGGCAAUGGCAGAAAAUUGAAAUGCUUGCAAGUCUUGCUGAAAGACCAGUCGAAGGCAAUGGAAGAAGAUUGCCGUAUGAAAUUACAGAAACGUAUUGAAAUGUUCCGCAAUGCAGAUACUGUACUCGCGGAACCGCCCGAAAAUAUGGAACAACUGGUUAGUCAGGUUGUUUCCUCACCGGCGAAAAGAUUUUUCUUAAUCAUAUUUAUGUCGGCUGUGGGCAUGAUUUUUAUGAUGGGAAUCUUCCUGGGACGCAUAACCAAACGCGCAAUCAGCAUCAAAAAUAAAUAAACUGUCCAAUAGAAAAGUAAAUGUUUAUAACACCACAAACGUGUCCCCUUCCACUUCCCUUACAAUCCAUAAAAUCUACUUCAAUUUCAUGGUUAAAUGCUUUAUAAACCGAAAAUAUUUUGAGAUAUGUAUUCAUAGUUGGAUUGUUUAUGUGCCCAUUUGUUAACCGAAACAAAGUUUGUUUUAUCUUUCCAUUCUAAUCAGCAUUGUAUGGCUUAAUAUAUUAUAUAGUUAUUUAAUUGGAACUAAAUGGUGUGCAUAAUUUGAAAUGAAUUCGUUUCGAUGUACUAUUAGUUUUUGUAUUUGUAAAAAGUUUAUAUUUUAUACGGAAUGCAUAUAUGAAUUGUAGAAUAUAUUGUUAAAUGUGCUUAGUAUAAUAGAAUACGAUAAAAAUAUUGGCAAAGUCAACGCUUUACAUUAAAUAUACUUUUUUAUGAAU